CAACUAAGCUUUAGUCGCUCGCUAGUAUCGAGACGUGACGGAUGAGAUUAUUUCACAUGCCGUCCUGUAGUCGUGUUGCUAAAUAUUGUGCACGAGUUUUUUCAUUGGAAAAAUACUCGUUGCUUUAUAGAAUUAAAAAUCAGUGGCAACAUUAUUAAUUUCCGAUAAAAUACAGGAAAAAAGUGAAAAAAUUAUCAUCAACAAUAAUAAAUCGAAAUUCCAAAAUAAGGAAUUAAAAAUCAAGAAUAAUUGGAGUCGAAAGAAAAAUAUUUCCGAGUCAGCGGUUGGUGCUCGAGAGUGUUGCCUGAGUGUAACUAUAAACCACGGAUUUCCCGUGAUACUGUGAUAAAUAUUGUCUCGAUAUUUUUUUUUUCUUUUGCAUUUCUUUUUUUUUUCCUCUUUGUCAUUUUGUGUUUACUCACGUGCGCGCUCUCUAUCUGAAUUUUGCCGGGAUUAGAAAAAAGUUGUGCCCGGUUUUAGUUAUUUUCUUAACAAAAAAAAAAGGUGGUCCUUUUUUGCAAUUUGAGAAAAAAAUUUGUGAAACAACUUGUGUGGAUUAACCAAGUACUUCUGCUGAAUUGAUACUCUGACCAAUGAACAUAAGUGAUUUUGUGAUUUACUCGCCCAACUCGACGGGUGUUUAAUAACUUGAGGAUUAAAUUGAGACAUCCGGUUGAACUGAGGACGUGUUAUGAAAUUACUGCCGACAAUUCAGUUGCCGCAGUUACCGCCAGUUUCUGCCGCAGGCGGAAUGGCGAUGGAUUCACGUCUUCCCCCGGGAAUAUCAUUACCCUUUAGUCCCACCGAUCUCCUAUGGAGAUAUGGACCAGCAAUGACCUUCCCAGCCGCACAUCCGCCCCCAAGUCCACUUUUAGACUUUAAAAAUCAUCUACCCUCCAGUUUGUCGCCAGAUCCAAGAUGUUGGUCACGCGAUGACGUCGCAACAUUUUUACGUUGGGCCGAGAGGGAAUUUGAUUUGCCAAUUAUUGAUAUGGAUAUGUUUCAAAUGAAUGGCAAGGCAUUGUGCCUAUUAACAAAGUCCGAUCUUGGCGAACGUUGUCCAGGUGCUGGCGAUGUUAUUCACAAUGUAUUAUCAAUGUUAACACGUGAAUAUAAUCAAAGGUGUUUACCAAGCAGUCCAGUGACACCGACACGACCAUCAGCCUAUCCAUUGAGUCCACAUUCACAUCCACCAACGCCCACGUGGGUUGAUAAUCCAUACGCAGCAAAUUUUGCCUCUCUAAUGUCAGCGAAUUCAGUGACAUUAUCGCCAGCGCCAUCGAUUGACAGUCAAGCCGGUUCACCAGGACACGCGGAGAGCAAUCAUACGCAAUUAUAUAAAAGUGAUUCGGACGAGGACAAUCAUCAGGGCAGUAGUAGUCCACCGGCAACGCCAACUGCACUCACUGCACAAAGAUUGAGUGAGGUGUGCGUUAAGGAUCAGCCAAGUCCCACAUUACCACCGCAAAUGAUGCCAUUAACACCGGGCGCAUUCAGACCGGCGGGCAAUGUUGCGAGGGAAUUUUUUCCUAAUGACUCACCCGAACCUAAUACAAAUGGAAGGUUAUUGUGGGACUUUUUACAACAAUUAUUAAAUGAUCCAUCGCAAAGAUAUACACAUUAUAUUGCGUGGAAGAGUCGAGAGACGGGUGUAUUUAAAAUUGUCGAUCCACCGGGUCUCGCGAGGCUUUGGGGAAUACAAAAGAAUCAUUUGUCCAUGAAUUACGACAAAAUGAGUCGAGCUUUAAGAUAUUAUUAUCGCGUCAAUAUUCUCAGGAAGGUCCAGGGCGAGCGCCAUUGCUAUCAAUUUUUGCGCAAUCCAACGGAAUUAAAGAAUAUCAAGAAUAUUUCAUUGCUACGACAGCAAAUGCGAAUAAAAUCGGAACCAGAGGAGGAUGGAGCGCUAUCAGUUAAUGGAAUGGAGCCCGAGAUGGAUAUGCCAACGGAUCUUUCCAUGUCGAGCAUGAGUCAACCUUCGGGCAUAAAUCAACAGCAAUCCAACGAGCAGCCUCUUCCUCUUCACGACCCUCCAGCCAAGUAUCGAAGUCACGCUUACAAUCUCGUUAAAACUAAUCAGGAACCGGAAGACAGGAAGUGACGCGGGAGUUAGCAGCGCCACAAAGGCAAUAAAAAAAAAAUUACACUAAUAAUGAUAAAAUAAUAAAUCUUAAACACAAUUCAAUAUGUGUUUAAAUUGUUCCACUGUGACUGAAUUUAUAUAUAUAAAAAAAUAUAUAUAUAUUUUCCAAAAAUGAAACAUUUUAAA